AUGGCACACCUAUCACGCUGUUCGCAUGCGGAAUGCAGUUGGAGCUGGCAGCGGGAUGAGUGUGGAAGUGGACGCACGCGACGCUGGCAGACUGUGGGUGCUGGCGCAGUCUACAUCCCUGGCGCUGCUGAUGAAGGCUGCACUUUGAGAGUAGGCUGCACACCACCAUCGCUUGCAGGAACUACAUAUAGUCAAGUCAGCAAUCCUGUGAUCGCAGGGCCACCCGAUGACUUUCGCUGGACUGCCUUUUCGACGCUUCGGGCAACUCGAGACAUUCGCAUCGCAACCUACAACGUUUUGGCGGAUGCAUUUGCUUCGACAAAACAAGCGAAGAGAGAUAUGUUCUAUUACUGCGCUGCAGACGUCUUGUCUGCGGGACCCCGACGGCAGAGGAUCUUGCGAGACUUGUUGAAGAUCGAUGCUGACAUUGUGGGAUUGCAAGAGGUUGACGCAACGCAGCUGGCGGUGUUGCGGCCUAUGACUACAUUGGGGUGGGAACAUACACACCUGAAGAAAAGCGGGGCCAGCUUGGAUGGAUGUGCAUUGUUUUGGCGAAGCUCACGAUUUCAAUGCGAGGCCCAGAUGCAGUGGUGCUUGAGUGGAAAGUUGCCAGGGCUGGACGACAAGGAAUUGCGAGCGCUGGAGGGGCAUCCUACCCAAGUGUUGCUAGACAAGAUGACAGCUGUGGCGCAAGCCGUGCUUCUCAGAGAUCUGCAGGAAGAUCGCCUCUUGCUAGUGGCCAACACCCAUUUGUACUACCAUCCAAAGGGGAACCACAUACGCUUGCUGCAACUCUAUAGCCUUCUGAAAGUUCUAGCGCAAGCAGCAACACAAGCUGAAUCUGAAGGCCAACCCGUGGCUCUCGUGGUGCUCGGGGACCUCAACGCUCGGAAGGGCAACUUCGGACCCACAGACAAGGAAGAGCCUCCUCAAGCCGCCUAUCGCCUUAUCCGUGAUGGGAUCAUUCACGCGGAUGACUCAGAUUGGCGGCACUCCACAUGGAUGCGAGAAGAAGAACAAACGAAGUGCAUCUGUUGUCAAGACAAAGGCAGUGUCCCUGGCAUCGGCACUUGCCCGCUAUGUGAAGGGAUGGGCUUGAAUGCAUGGCAUGAAAGCUUCAGCAGCACAGGGGUUCAGGCUUUGGCACUGGAGCUGAAGCUUCCUUGGCCGCUGAGAGACCCGAAUGAUCACAUUGAAGUCACCAACUUCACUGGAGAUUUCCAGGAAUGCUUGGACUACACCCUAAUUGAUACGAGAUGCCUGCGUGCGACCCGGACCUUCGAUCCACCACCGUUGGAACGUUUGCGAGAGAGCAUUGCUUUGCCGUCAGAAUAUUUCCCAUCCGACCACAUCCCUGUCGUUGUAGAAGUCACCUAUUCGGAUCUGGACCUGGGGACCUGGGGAUUGAAGGCUAUUGAAGCAUUGAUCACAAAGGAGGCCCUCCUCACGAAUCAUCGCAUCUUGAAGAAUUCGAAGCAGGACUACACUGAAACCCAGCUUCGAGAAUGGCUUCAAGGCAAGGGCCGCUUUGCAAGCUCUGAUAGAACAGACCUCACCGACCCAGGAAGCACAGAGCUCAACGGCAAGGGCUGGGUGCGCUUCUCCUCACACGAAGAGGCUGUGGGUCUCUUGGCCGCCUUUGCGGAGGAGGAAGAGGAAGGCGGAGUGCAGGGCAACUGGUCACUCUCCGAGAGGUUGCAAAACUCCAACCUGUCUGAUGCACUGCAAGCACAGGCUGAACCCAUCGCCAUUGAAUGCGGCUUCACAAGGCUUCUUCUGAUGGGAGGUGGCCGCUCUGCACAGGGUGCGAAGUGGGCAUCCUCUGCGUUAGUACAAGGGCCAUUGACCUUUGCAGUUUUCGCGCAGGGUAACGUUGAGAAGCUAAAGGCCCGCUUGCAGGCCUUGAUAGAGGAAGCACUCUCCAACCCAAGCUCUUUCAGCGGUCAAUCCACGGCUUCCAACUUUAAACCGACUUCUCCCUGCAUCAUGGUGAAGGGCUUCCCUAGGAGCUGGCGUGAGCAACAGGUUCGCCUGGUAUUCGCGCUAUUCGGUGGCGUUGGUGCUGUGCGCUUUGUGGUAGAUUCGACUGGUCAGCGCGUGGCGUAUGUGGAGUUGAAGAACCGGGAAAACAUGGCAAAGGCCGUGGAGCAGCUGCACAACACCAAGGUUGGUGAUGGAGAGCUCAUUGAGGAAUGCGUGGUCUCCUGCGAGCUAUUUGGUGACGCUUUAGGUGGCAGAAGGGCAGUGCGGCGGACAAUAUUUUUGGAUGAGCUGAAAAUGCCGAAGAAACCGGACGUCAAACCCGACAAUGAGGACAGAGAAGUCUUCAUGACGGGCCUGCCGAUCAAGGAUUUCAGUGAAGAUCAACUUCGUCAAUGGCUUGAAGGCUUUGGACAGAUCGAGGAAGUGUUCCUUCUUCGAGAUGUUGACCGUAAGCUCAAUGCCAAGGGCUACGUGCGCUUCACUUCACAUCGACAUGCAGAAAACUGCAUUCAAGCACAAGCGUCAGAGCAAGAUGCUGAGGAGGGCGAUGUGAUCGCCUGGUGGUCUCAAUCUGAGCGUGCUUUGCGAGGGGCCUAUGGCCCAAAUCUCCACAGCACGCUGGCGAGCAACGAUGGGCGAAUUUUUUCCCACUUGUUGGAGGGUUGCGAAGUCCGAGAUGUGUGGAUGCAGAGUCGGUUGUGGCCACCCAAAGAUCCAGCUGCUCCUGCACCACAAGGAAAGCAGGUACACUUUGUGGCGACCUGUACGGCCAAGCAGUUGCAGGAGAUCCAUGCAGCGCUGUCUGCAGCUGUACAGGGCUUCCAUGAUCGUGUGCGUGGAGACAAGCUUGGAGAGGAGGGCGGAAGCAGCAGCAGUUUCCGUCCGCCCCAAGAGCCGCGACCUGCCUGGUCAACGCCUACCACUGGCUGGUCUAUGGCGCCGCCUGGGCCGCGUCCACCACCUUGGCCUUACUACAGGGAUCCUUAUGCACCGCAUCGGCCACCAGUGCCUGGAGCACCUGGGGCACCAAUGUGGGGAUGGCGGCCGCCAGGCUAUGGGCCACCAGGUCCACCCCCUCCUGGGCCACCUGAGCGGAAGCACUCUAGAAGCAGGAGAAGAAGACGUGAAAAGGAAUCGGCAGCUGCUGCGCCACCGAAUAUGGGAUCGGUCUCGGCCAUGGCAGCAGAGGUCACAUCCGAUCCAAAGCUACAAGAGCUCAUCAUCAAGGGAGAAGAGCUGGUUCAACGUGGCCAGGACUUGAAAGAUCGCGGCGAUCGCGAUGGAGCUUACGAGAAGUUCUAUCAGGGCCUACAGUAUCUGUUGAAGGUAAUGCCUGGCCUAGGCGAUGCCAAUGCCCCCGCGGUGUUGGCUCUGAAGUCCAAGAUUCACGGCUACUUGGAUGAGACUGAGAAGUUGAAGAAAUCCUUGGACUCGAAAGAGGGUAACCAAGAAGCUCCUAGAACGGCGUUAGAUGACGGAGAUCUGACUGUUGAGGCCCGCAUCGAGCGUGGUGAGGCUUUGAUGCAGAAUGGUCAGCGCCUAGCCAAAAGUGGCAAGCUUGGGGAGGCGAGUUGUUUGCAGUUGUGCUUUGGCGACGAAGAGUUUGGACUUUUCCUGGAAACAUAA